AUGAAUAGUCCAAGUCCAAAACCAUUAAAAAAAUCUCAUAAUUUAUUACGUAAAGUUGGUCAAAAAGUUGAACAAACAUUUAAUCUUGCAAAUUCAAAUGUAUUUCAUGGUUCUUUAUCAUCAUUAAUUGAUUUACCAGAUAGUUCUUCUAAUAAAGAAGUAGGAGAUCAUCAUUUAUCAUAUGAGGAGACAGUUUCAUUACAAAAUCUUCCUGAAUAUAGUUCGGAUUCUCCAAGAUUAAAUAUUCGAAAGAAACAUGCUGCUCGAUUCGGUCGUUCACAUGCUAUUGUAUCAUCAAAUGAUACUCAUUCAAAUGCUCAAUGGGUACCACGUGCUGAAGAAUAUCCGAAUCAAACUGUUAAAGAUCGAAGUACACAAUAUGACAGAGAAAUGGAAAUGCGUUGUAAAGAAUUAUUAGAUAAUAAAAGUAUUAAAUUCGAAGAUAUUCGAGAGUAUGAUAAAAAAGCAUCUUUAUUACGUAUGGCUGUUUCAUUUAAUACACCGAGUGUUACUGUUCCAGUAAUAAUUUUUCUUGAAAAUACAUUAUCAAGAACAUUAUUCUAUGAAUUAAUUAAACAACAUCCAUCUGCUAUAAACAAUUAUAUUAAUAUGAACAAAUUAAAAUUUGAAAAUGAUUAUUAUGUAGCUAUGCUUAAACAAUUUGGUAGAAAUGAAGAAGUAGCAAUGACACGUCUUCGACAAGCUAGUCAAACGAAUGAUAUGAUUACUAAAAUGGCGAUAUUAGAUCAAGCAGCAACUGAACUUGGAUCACAUUCCUGGUGGCAUUUACAAGUUGCUGAACAACGACUUCUACUUAAAAAACAACGAGAUUUACAAAAUUCUCAAACGAAUCGAACCGUUCUUGAAAUAUAUAAAACAGUUUAUGAAACAGAUUUUCGAAAACAAAAACAAAAUCGAAAUACUGAUAAAUCAAUAUUCGAUCGAAGUAAAGAAUUUGAAACAGCAUUUCAUAUGUCUCCGGAAAUGAUUAUGUGUGGUAAAUUAUCUGUGAUUAUGCAAUGUGGUUUUCGAUCACAUUAUGAUGAUUUUUUUCAUCAAGCAAUACAUCAAGGUAUUUUUGGUAAGAAAUAUAUCAUUGCACCAGAAUAUCUUGCUGAUAUGGUUUAUAAUUGGGUACGAGUAAGUGGUGAAGGACAAGAAAAAGCAAGUGAAACAGCUGAACGAUUUCUUACAAUGAUUCCUGAUCCAGGCAAACGUAUUUAUUUUGCUGAAAAAUUUCAAAAUUAUGAUGUAGCUAUUGAUACAAUUACUAAUAUUCUUCGUGAUCGAUUUCAAUUAGAAAAUUUACGUAAACGUAUGCCACAUAAUCAUCCUGCAUUUAAUCGUGCUACAUCAAUGUUAGAAAACACAAAAUGGCGAAAUUAA